CAGCCCACCAAUCAUAGCUUGUCCCACCACAUGCUGCCCGAUCCAGAAGACUACCCUUAUAUACCCUCGUCACCACACCCCGCCGCAAUACCGACCAAAUCGGCCCAACCCAAUCAAAACCCUGCCUGGAUAUGGAACAAGAAAAGAAAAAGAACCCGCUUGCCGUCAUGCAUUCGUUGCUCAACAGACUCCACAAACGCCUGCUCGCUCCUGGAGGCCUGAACCUUUAUGCAACGCCCAAAGCAAGAACAAUACAGCCAAAAAGGAACCAAGACCGUCAUGAAGAGGAACACACAUGGCCACCUCUGCACACCAGCUCUGGCCACCAUCCGAGAAGUGAAGAACCAGGGUAAUUAG